AUGCGUGGGCGCCACGACUACUUCUCUGCAGCGGUGUAUCACGAUCCCUCUCGUACAUCUCCCAUUCGGAUGUACUGCUCGAAAGGCUUGAGAUGGUGCCGGGGAGCAUGGGAGAGGCUCGCCGUCGGCCGGUACUUUGAUGGAGAGGAAAGCGGUGGAAGACUACCGGGCCUAUUUCCGCUAUUAGCCAAGGAAAAACGUGCAAGAGGACCGGAUUUACCCUGGACAGUGGCAUCAGGAAAACGGAGAUUGAUGGGCCCUGCAGGGUCGGCGAAAACCAACAUGAGUGGAAGAAACGUCGUACUCACUAGAACCAAAGAGGAAAGGGCAACGCACCAACUCAAGUCGCAUACUCAGGGAGUUAGGGAGUUUACAGUCAACCUGUCCAAAGACCGGCAAUACUUGCUCGUAGAUACCCCGGGAUUUGACGACACUUAUCGAUCAGACCGGGAUAUACUCCACACGACUGUUGAGUGGCUAGAGAAAAAAUACCGCGGAAACGUCAAACUGAGAGGCAUUAUCUAUACAGGCCGCAUAACUGGUAGUCGGAUGUCUGGGUCUGUGUGAAAGAACCUUGACAUGUUCGCUCGGUUGUGCGGGGACAACGCGGCCCGUGGUGUGCGGUUAGUGACCACUAUGUGGGACAAAACAAAAAACAAGGACAUUGCAGAAAGCAGGGUGUCGCAGUUGGAGAAGAGCUUCUGGAAGCCGCUAAUCAACGCAGGAGCUCGCCAUAAACGGUUUGAAGAAAACUCUUCGACAUGCGCAUGGGGGAUCAUCUAGGACCUGAUGGGGGAGGGAAAGGCCCUUCUGCUUCAGGAAGAGCUGGUGGAUGCAGCAAGAAAAUUGAACGAGACGACUGCUGGACAAGCCCUCUACACGCAAUUCCAGAAGCUCUAGCAUGAACAAAGGGAAAC